AUGGCAACAUCAGCAAAACAACCCUCAGACGAGCGCACACCGCUCAUCGUCCCCGAGCCUGCAUCAGACUCCCCUUCUGACCCAGUCAAGAAGACAAAGUUCUGGUGGUAUGAGCUGCACGAGCCUGAGGCGCUCCCCAUGGGCCACACACCUACAGAGGAGAUGUGCGAGAUCCCCUCCGUCGUCACCGCAUACACCAUCGCCGUAACCGUCAUGGGUAUCGUCGAUGCCAUUUCCUCGAUGAUCUCCUUCGGGCUCGUCAACCUCUUCGUAAAGAAAUACGGUCGCAAACCGGUAUUCGUCACCCUCACCUCCGUCGCCUGCACCGCCUUUUCAUGCUUCAUCCUCGCGCUCAACGUGCACGGCACCCUCGCACUCGUCCUAGCCGGGCUCGCCAUCGUCCUCGCGGCAUUCGCGUCGGUAGGAGCGAUUGUCCUCGUCGGCAGGAUGUAUAUCGUCGAUACGACGUCUCCACAAGAACGCACGUCCGGCCUGUCAUUCCUAGGCGCUGCAGCUACGCUCGGCCUUACCCCAUCCUUCGUUCUCGGAGGAUAUAUCACUGAGCACUGGAAGCACGUCACCGCCGUGUACUGGGUGACGCUCGCCCUUCAGGUCUGCGUGCUCCUGUACGAAGUGUUCUUCCUCCCCGAGUCGUACGUGCUCGCAGAACGCAGAGAGGCGAUCGAGGAGAUGCAGCAUGUGAUGGACUCUGACCUCGCGGACGAUGGCAAGUCCGGCCUGGUGCACAGUCUCAAGCAGGCCGUACGGCCCAUCCUGUCGAUCCUCGAGCCCCUGCUCGUGCUCAUCCCUAUCAUCCCCGGCCAGAAUCAGAGAGACUGCAGCCUGCUCAUCGCCGGGUUCGCUUCUUUCCUCUGGUUUGCAGGUUCCCACUACCUCGGCCUGGCAGUGAUGAUGCGCCUGAUAAACGAGUUCCAUUCCCCUCCCGACCAGAACGGGCUCGGCAUCUCUCUGCUUAUGGGGGGCAAGGGGCUCUUCCUCGUCUUCGUCUUCCCGAGCGUGAUCAGAUAUGGCAGGAAGCUGUAUGCGCGCUAUGCCGAGAGGAGGGGGAUGCACUUGACCACCCAGGAGAUCAUGAGACGCACGGAUACGGUGCUUAUCGUUGGGUCGGACAUCAUUGACGCGUUCUUUAUCUCGAUGAUCGGGGUGUCCAAGACGAAGUACGGGGUGUUUGCCUCGGCGCUCCUCAUGGGCUUCGGAGCAGGCGGACACAUCGCCCUCAACAGCCUGCUCGUCUCCUCCGUCCACCACUCGCAAAGCGACGAGAUCCUGUCCGCGAACGCGAUGCUCGAGUCUGUCGGUCAAGUGCUCUCCCCCGUCAUCUUGGGCAGUAUCCUCUCCGCGACGAUCACGACUAUCCCUGGGCUGAUGUUUUAUGUCUCCACGUGUAUCUGUUUGACGUCAGCGACGUGUAUCGUUGUGUUCCGCGCUGUGGACCGGCCGGAGAGGAGGAUACAUGGGGAGGGGCAUACGCAUUACCAACCGCAGGAGGAGGAGGCGGAGGCGGUCGAAACGCCCGAGGCAUCGACAAGCGCAUAGAGUACUGUCUUACUUCCUUCUAGGCACUAAUGGUGCCUCUUACACCAGGUAUCUUACCUACCUGUCUUAUUACCCCUCUCUCUCGACUAUAUUC